AUGGCAGUGCUACGGUUCUCUCUUCCCUCCUCCUCCUCCUCCUCUGUGGUCGCUUCUGGCCAGGCGGGUCGCUCGAGGCUCACUGCUGCUGCCUUGCCGUCAGCUGCGCUAGUCCCUCAUCGUGCUGCCCACCAAUCGCGUGCGGCGAGUAGCAGCCGAACAAGCACAUCGUGGAGCUCCUCAGAAGCUCGAUAUCGGACCUCCUUACUCACGAGGCCAGGGCAAAGCUACAAACCGCAGGGCCUCCUUAUUCGCCCUACCCCUCGCUCCCGCUCCUUCUCAAGCACCCCUCACCCCUCACGCACCCUCCAGUCCCUCCCCCUAGCCGACAUCGGCGAAGGCAUCAGCGAAGUCGAAGUCCUGCAAUGGCACGUCCGUCCUGGCUCCUCCAUCGAGGAAUUCCAACGCCUCUGCGAAGUACAGAGCGAUAAAGCCUCAGUGGAGAUUACUAGUCGCUAUACGGGUGUGGUGGAGAGGUUGGGGGCCAAGGAGGGGGAGGUCAUGAAGGUUGGUGGGGAACUUUGUGCGAUUUGGGUUGAGGAAGGGGAGGGAGAAGGGGAGCAAGCUGGAAUGGUGCAGGUAGAGGAGAAGGAGCAGCCGUUGCAGCAAGUUGCUGCGCAUACUAGUAGUCCUCCUGAGCAGACCUCUGCUCCGACAAGGCGGCCUCACCCGCUCGAUGACAAUGUGGAUAAGGCGGCUGCUCUUUCCACUUCCUCCUCCUCCGCCUCCUCUUCUCGCGAAGCACAGCCUCGGCCCACUUCCCGGCAGGAGCACCUCCAAACUCUUGCAACUCCAGCCGUACGCUGGCUGUGCAAGGAGCACAAUCUUGAUCUGGCGCAGAUUGCUGGCACGGGGAAGGAAGGCAGGGUGACAAGGGAGGACGUGCUUGUCCAUCUAGGCAGGAUACAGAGGGGCGACAAUGGUGCUAGCUCGAGCAGAGGCUCAAGCCUCGCAAGCGACAACGUUCAGACGCGUGCAAGCCUUGCGUCUGCUUCUACUGCCUCGACGAGCGCUACGGCAGACAGGGCUGCACCAGCCUCCCAGCCUCUGACGGGUAUCCGCAAGGCAAUGUUCAAGUCACUGUCCCUCUCCACUCAUAUUCCUCACUUUACCUUUUCCGAGGAGCUAGACGUGACGGAUCUGGAGGCUUUGCGGCUGAAGAUCAACCGCGGCUUGUUGCUACGGCAGGCAGCAGCAAGCAAAACACAAGGGCAAGAAAAGCUCACGCUUUUGCCGUUCCUGCUCAAGGCCCUCUCACACGCCAUGAGCUCCCACCCGCUCUUCAGAAGCAAGCUCUCCCUCCCUUCUUCUUCCUCUUCCUCCUCCUCGGACACACCCACCGAACGCUACUCAUCCCUCGCAAGUUCCGCCCGCCUAAUCGGUCCACGCAAAUCACACGAUAUAGGCUUUGCCCUGAGCACUCCCUCUGGCCUCCUCACCCCCGUCAUCCGCGGCGUAGAGGAGCACUCCGUACAGGAUUUGGCACGCGAGUUGAGUAGAUUGCAGAAUUUGGCCAGGAGUCCUUCAGGACUGAGCAGGGUAGACCUCGAGGGCAUGAGCGGCCCAUCUGCGGGCAUAGAAGGGGGCACAUUGAUCCUGAGCAAUAUCGGCUCGCUCGGCUGUGGGACAGGCGCCUCACCUGUGCUUCCACCCACGGGAGAGCUGGCGAUAGGAGCGGUAUGCGCCGUCAAGAGGGGUUUCCGCUGGUCGGACGACCCCUCUCUGGCCUUCUCUACCACUUCAACACCACUCGCUACAGCUACAACACUGACGACACAGGAGCCUUACAUGGUCCCUCGUCUGCUCGCGCCGGUGACGUUUGCGGGAGACCAUCGAGUCUUGCAGGGCACGGAGCUGGCUGCGUUCGUGAAAGAGUGGAAGUGGUGGGUGGAACAUCCAGAGAUGUGGGUAGCGAUGGGAAGAUGA